GUGUUGAUCAACGGUUGUUUAAAACAGACAUACACUAUACAUACACCGAAUCAACAACAUUUUUAGAGGCAUUUUGUUUUUUUGUUUUUUUUUCAUACAUACAUUGACUACUUAACAAUUAUUGUGUUUGUGUUGAAAAAUUGAUUUGAUUUUGAUAAAAAAGAAAUAUAUAUAUAUAAGUAUAAUUUUAUCGAUAUUUUCUGUUGUGUGACUACAAUCUAAAUGGAGGGUAAAUCGCGUUUACCAACAAUGAUAAAAAAGCCAACAAUUCGGGCACAUGUACCAAGUGAUCGAUUAGUUUCGAAACUGGCAAAUCGUACGGCUCUUUCUUCGUUCGAAAAUGUCAUCAAUAAUUUGAGGAAUGGUACGAAUACGACAAGCCGUCCAACAAAACGGCAUGCAUCGCCGGAAGCAUUUCGGCCAAAAUCGCAAAUAAAUGAGGCUAAAAAACUGCGUCGCAGUCGUUCGGUUAGUGAUAUUGAUGCGGUAAUGAAUUUGGUAAAUGUACAAAAGCGUGCUGUUAAAGGAUUGCAUGCAUUUACCAUGCCAUUGGCACCAGCACCAAAAGUUAAGGUACCGUACGCACCACCAAAAUCGGUAAACAAACCAGCGACAAAGCCAAGUUCAGUCGUAAAACCAAAGACACAACCAGCACAUAAAAGACUCGUUUUGAAUUCGAAUCCAUCGAAAACAGCAGCCAAAAAAGAAAAUGUGCCGACAAAAUCGACAGGAGGUAGUAGCAGUAAUGUUGGUGGCAACAAAAAGAUUCCAGCUUACGAUUUCAAAGCACGGUUCCAUGAUUUACAAGAUAAACAUAAAGUUUUAAAAGAUAAACACGACCGAUUAAAGGAACAACUCGGUGAAUUUGAAUCAUUGCCAGAACAGUAUGAUGAAUGCCGAGAAAAACUGAGCAAUUUAGAAAGUGAAUACAAAUCCAUGCAGAAGCAAUUACGAACGUUGCAACAACAAAAAGAUGCUGAUCAAUUGAAAAUCAAUACACUGAACGAUGAUUUAAAUGCAAAAAUCGAAGAGUGUCGCACACUUAUAGAGGCCAAACAGAAAAUCACCGAAAAGUACAAUACAGUAUCAAUCGAAAAUAAUGAAUUGAAAUCAAACAAUACGGAAUUAGAGACAAAAUUGAAAUCACAACAAGAAAUGAUUGAACAUUUGACGACGGAACUAAAGGAGGCCGGCGAACAAUUGUUCCGGGCCAACAUUGAUCGAAAAGAGCUUCAUAAUAAGGUUAUGGAUUUGCAAGGAAAUAUUCGAGUAUUUUGUCGUGUUCGACCACCGUUGGAUGGUGAGGAGAAUCGCACAAUUUGUUCAUGGCAAUAUAACGAUGAGACUUCUUUGGAAAUUGCAAGCGAAGUAAAUAAGAAACCAGUCAAACAUGAAUUCAAUUUUGAUCAAGUAUUUCGCCCGAACUCAAUUCAAGAGGACAUUUUUGAGCUAGUCUCACCGCUGAUUCAAUCAGCACUCGAUGGUUAUAAUGUUUGCAUUUUCGCAUACGGUCAAACCGGUAGUGGAAAAACAUUCACAAUGGAUGGUACCGAAUCGAUGCCAGGAAUAAUUCCCCGAACAAUUGACCUCUUGUUUGAUUGUUUUCAACAAAAUAAGCGACUUGGAUGGGAAUACACAUUGCAUGCAUCAUCAUUGGAAAUCUACAAUGAGGUUUUAUUCGAUUUGCUAAGCAACGAAGCAAAAGAUUUGGACAUUCGUAUGGUCAGUGCAAAAACACCAACCGAAAUUUUCGUACAAAAUUUGGCCGAUUGUGAGGUGCGAAACAAAGAUGAAUUGCAUCGAUUAAUUGAGUUUGCCAAAGCAAAUCGGGCAACAGCGGCUACUGCCGGCAAUGAACGUUCAUCACGUUCACAUUCAGUGACGCAAUUGCGUUUAUUUGGCGAGCACAAGGGUAAAAAUGAAAUGACUGUAAGCUUAAUAAAUCUUAUCGAUUUGGCCGGUUCAGAAAGUCCAAAGACAAGCGUUCGAAUGGAAGAAACAAAAAAGAUUAAUAAAUCGCUGAGUGAACUUACCAAUGUCAUAAUGGCAUUGUUGCAAAAACAAGACCAUAUACCAUAUAGAAAUUCAAAGCUAACACAUUUGCUGAUGCCCAGCUUGGGUGGCAAUUCAAAAACACUUAUGUUUGUCAACGCAUCACCAUUCCAGGAUUGCUUUGUUGAAACUGUCAAAUCACUUCGUUUUGCCGCGUCGGUCAAUAGCUGCAAAAUGACCAAAGCCAAGAAGAAUAAAAUCUAUCCAACACCAUUCUCAACGAAUUCAUCACUCAACGGUAGCAAUUAAGAAUGUUUUCCAGUCUUUUUUAACUUUUUUUUUUUUUAAAUCAGUAUAAUCAUCCAACUAAAGUUCAUCAUUUCAUCGUAAACAAACCAAUAAUUCUCUUUGUAUUAUGUUAAAAAAACAUUCAAUUUUAUUAAUAAAUCUUAUUUGACCAUCUAUAAAAUAUACCUUAUGAAUAUUUAAAUUGUUUUGUGGUCUUAACCGAACAAUUUGUUGGUCACUUUUUUGUAGGCUGAAUUUGACACAUUAUUUUAUAACAGAACAAAAUGUAUUA